UAAAAAAGUGCAACCAAAGAAGAAGAAUUCAUUUGGCACAAUAUCUAAAAAUUUAUCGCAAAUCAUGCUUGUAUAACAUUAUCUCUUUAAACCUCAUAUAUGCUCGUAAAAGAGGUUAGGAAUAAAUCGUCCCGUGUCAAUGUUACAGUGGAAAAAAGCGUUUGUCUUUUAAUAUUUUUAUUAAUGAAGUUAUACAAUAGUUAUACAAACUUACUAAUAUGUAUAUGCAAUUAGCUUCCUGUGGUUAUAUUGAAGGCUUGCAAAGUCAUAUAAAUCUUGCUGUUUCACGACUAACUAGUCACACGUUAAUACGCCAGUAAACGGCGGAAUGAGCGUGCGUAUGCAAAAGUUACUUUUGUGCGCGCUCGUACUUCUAGGCAUCAUCUAUUUCUGUACGAAUCGGCAUGGGAAUGAUAAAGAUGUAUCUCUGAAGCAGCUUCUCGCCGCUGCGAUAAGAGCGGCAGAGAUUGGGGGACUGCAAGUGAUAGCAGUGCAUGAUCAGAUUAAAUUCAAAAUAGAGAGCAAAGGACAGACGAAAGAAGGCGUAAAUGAUCCAGUAACAGCAGCAGAUUAUAGGUCUCACUGUGCUAUGUAUCGCUCUUUGACAGAAGCAUUUCCAGGGAUUACUGUGAUAUCAGAAGAAACAUCGCAAGAUUGUGAUAAAAUUGUAGUUGAAGACAUUAAGAAUUCUGUUAAAAGUAUUGAAGGUUAUGAUAUAAAUGACGAUAUUGCAAAUGUUAAUGAUGUAACAAUCUGGAUAGAUCCUCUAGAUGCCACCAAAGAAUUUACAGAAAAUUUACUGCAAUAUGUAUCUACUAUGGUAUGCAUAGCCAUCAAAGGACAACCAAUUAUUGGUGUUAUAUAUAAACCGUUUGAGACAAAACAGAAUUACAGUUUAUUCUGGACAUGGAGCAAUCAUGGCGUAUCAAGAAACUUGAAAAAUUUACCUAAGGUAAAAGACAAUAAAACACCUAUUUUAAUUGUAUCUCUUUCACACGCUGGACAAGUAAAAAAUACAUCUAAAAUUGCCUUUGGCGACAAUGCUAAAAUUAUUUCUGCUGCUGGUGCAGGAUACAAAUUUUUGGAGGUAGCUGCUGGUAAUGCGACAGCGUACGUUCAUACAACUGCUAUCAAGAAAUGGGAUAUAUGUGCAGGCACUGCAAUUCUUAGUGCUUUGGGAGGAACAGUGACACAGUUAUACGAUCAACAACCAAUCUAUUUUGGAAGUAAUGACGCCAAAGUACUUACAAAGGGUCUUUUAGCAACUAUGAGCGAUCAUGCUUGGUAUUCCGAAAAAUUCUUACAUGACUUUCCAUCCGAUUCACAUUAAUCAAGAAUAACUUGACAUCAAUGUAUUAAAAAAAAAUUAAUUGUAUAUAUUAAAUUCUGUUUAUAAAAGAUUCGUGUUUUAAAAAAUAUCAAUAUGUGCUCAUGUACGUAAUAAAAUCACAUAUCUUCCAACAGCUGUCUUAAUUUAAGAAUUUAUUGUAAGAAAUAUUUGUCAUAAACUAUGUAUUAAAAAAGACUUUUAUAUAAUAAAUGAAAUAAUAGUCA